CGGUUCUUUAUGACUAUGUACUGUAAAGUAACACCUCGCUUUUACAACCGUAGACGUAAAUACUAAGCCUGCAUUUUACGAGCACAAGAGCUGCAUUUAUGAUUCGACAGGGGAGAAGCGAACAGACUUUCUCCCGAGGCUUAUCAGAAGAGUCACUGACUGCCAGAAACUUACUUAUCCAAGUUGGAAUGUGUUAUUUUGUUAAAUAAAGUUUGUUUCUAUUCAAGAUACAUCUUAUAAAUUGAAAAUGAAAUCGUUAUUAGUGAACCAGGGGCCGAUCACGUGUGCAUUGUUUAUAUUUAGUAUACUUUCUUCGGUUUUAGGGUUACCAGUGUGUCCAAAUGAGAAGUUCCUUUCAAAUGGGAAUUGUUGCGAGAAUUGUGCUCCAGGAUUUGGCGUUUUAUCACCAUGUGACCAAGACAAUAACACAAUCUGCGAAGCUUGCAUACCUGGAAACACAUUCUCGGCAUCAUCAAGCCAUGAAGCCGUCUGCGAGGUGUGCAGCCCAUGCUCAAACAAUGAACUAGUCAAACACCCGUGCAAUACAACACACGAUACCGUUUGUGAGUGCAAAAGUAACUUUUAUCGAAGUAAAGAUGACCUCUCGUGCAGGCAGUGCGAUCUGUGCAUAAAGGGGUGGGGGGCACUUACUCCGUGUUCCUCUGAACAUAACGCUAAGUGUGUCGUGUGUGGUAAUUCAACAUUUUCUGAUAAGUACAGCUCAGUUGAGGGCUGUCAAGAGUGUACUAUAUGUCCAGAAGGAUCAAGAACAAUUAGCAAGUGUACAUGGAUGAAAGAUACUGUAUGUGAAGAAAGUAUACCAGUCACAGUUGCAAUUCAAGCAGAUGCUACAACAGCAUUCCACUACUUCACGCGGCAAAAGAAUGUCAACAUUGUACCGCUAUAUUGCGCUAUUCUUGGUUGUGUUGUGCUGGGGCUCGUAGGAUACGUACUCUACAAGAAAUGGUCAUUUUAUAAAAUUAAACUACAACAGCAGAAACCUCACAGGUUGAACAAUGCAGAUGUUUUAACAAAAGAGCAAAUAAAUCAACAUUCGAAGUCUUCUACGCCAUACUUAAGUAGCCUACAAAACCAGAAACCAGGCCUGAUGGAUAGUAUGCCUAGUAUUCAUGUUCCACUAAUGGCAAUGCCCGUAGGGAUGUUAUAUGCAGAUUUGCCAAGCGAAAAGAAAAAGGAAGUUGAGAAAUUGUUAGGAACAACACGUCUAGACCACCGUGAUUGGCGCGGACUUGCGAUUGAGCUCGGUUUUACAGAGGACGAUACUGUCAACUUGAUAAAAAACUCAAACAAACAUUUACCAGCUGAAAAAAUGCUGAUGAUUUGGAGUCGACGAGAGGAUGCAACUUUAGGACUGUUGGUGGCAGCAUUGCAUCGAAUUGGACGAACAGAUGUAUUGAAUGUUAUACCAGUAUAUGUCAGUUUAUCGCAAAUCACCUAAUAUGGAAAUCUAAAUCUAAUAUGUAAAUAACCUGUGCAGAGUGUAAAUAUGGGUGGAUUUUUUACUUUUAUACAUAUUUUAUUUAAGAGAGAGAGAGAGGAGGAUCAUUGUCAUUUAUUUAAAAUAAAAUUAGCGUAGUCACUACUUUAAAUAAAAGAAAAUAUUUCACUUGAAUUCUGGUUAAAAUAUUUUGUACCUUUAUUUGAGAUACUGUGUAGCAAAUAUCAAAUUGUUAGUAGGUAACAUCACCCUGGAUGGUUAUUAUGUAAAUUCAUCUUAUAUAGCUACUAGGUAAUUUCAUGAUAGUUGCUGGCAAAGAACUUCAGUAGCAGAAAAAUGAGCUGUUCCGCGUAUUUGCAUUAAAAUUGAUGGAAAAUUCGCCCUCCCGUGAGCGGGGUAAAAUUUGACCAUUCGACUGAGUGGAGAAACUACAGGAAACAAACGAACCAGCAUAUUUACUACUGUAUUGAUGUAUAGCGCUGCUGUGCGGACGGGGUAAAAUUAAUCUCCGUGAACCAACAAUGCAUUUCGAAUGGAUGUUCCAUUAUAUUGGGAAGCUGCUCUAUCUUCUGCUAUUUAUUAUCUUUGUUGCUGGGUAGUAUACCCAUGAUGGUUACUAGGUAACAUCACUCAUGAUGGUUACUAGGUAAUGUCACCCAUGUUGGUUACUAGGUAACAUCAUCCCAUGUAAUAUGAUCAUCCUAGAUAUCUGCUCUAUAGCAUCACUUGAUGGUUGCUAGGUGACAUUACCCUGGAUUGUUGCUAGGUGACACGGAAGAUUGAGCUUCUUAUUAGGUGCUGAUAAUUAUUCAUUAAAAAUUAUUGAAUCAAAGCUCUUUAGGUAUUUUGACCUAUUAAAGAGUUACAAACAUACAUUACAAUCUUUUGGCACUUUAUCAUAAAUAUUCAUCUAUAUUUUUAAAAAUAUUGUUACUUGUUGGGAGAUUUAUUGUAUCAAUAGUUUAUUUUAUCAUUUUUGUGCCAAUAGAAAAAAUGCAGAUUAAUUUUGUGUAAAUUGCAAAAACCCCAUCUUUAAAAAAAUAUAUGAUUUCAAAGUGAAUAUUCAUAAGGAAAUAUUUUAUGAGCAAGUAUUUCAUAUUUUAAACUAUAAAGCCAUGGUGCUCACUUUAUAAAAAUGUAACUUUAAGAAGAUAUAUUCAGUCUUUGAAUUGUGAAUAUAAUUUUGUAAACCGAUCCUUUGUGAAGGCAAUGUCUGACUUGAAAGUGUCGAUAAACUGCAAGAUUUGCAGUUGUAAGGUUUUGUAUUUAAAAUUCUUGGAUAGGAUUACCAAUGUUGUUGAUAGAUUUCAAUAUUUCUUUCUUAUGAGUGCACAAAGAGGUUUACUUCUAUUUCAAGAUGGUUAUCGUACAUGUUGGUUAAUUACACAAACCAAUAGAGCAUGGUACUAGAGGAUAUUCUAUAACUUACUAAAUAUAUAAUUAAAGAUAUGCUGUUUGUGUUAAACUAUUAGCAAUGAACAAUCACAUACAAUACUAAAUUUGAAUUGCCUACUUUGUAAGACUGCCUUUACAUUUACUUUUGUAUAUUUAGGUAAAUUAUUGACUUUUCAACUGAAGAGAAACAGGUGCAUAAAUAAUAAAAGUUCCUGCAAUCUUUGUUGAGGCACUUACAUUGUCUGGUAAUCAAUUUAAGGAUUUUUGUAGUAAAACCUCUGUAAAUCAGCAAAAAUUCUGGUUCUCACAGUGGUGUGUCGAGCCUUAAAAUGUUGGGAGGGGGAGGGUGCAUAGGUGAAGUGGGGGUUCGAUGAUCAAAUGAGAAAAUAAGGUGAUAUAUAUUACUUGUUUCAGUGUUUUCCAUAUUUUACUACAAACAUUAUACCUUCAUAGUCUGUUAAACCAUUGCUGCUAGAUUCAAAGGACACAGGGUACUUCCCCCUCCUUCAAUGUUGCAGUGUCUACCAUUCUUUGUAUCAUAUUCUUGCUGAUAUAAUGGGGUACACAAAUACAGGGAGAAUCUUGUGCCCAUCCCUGUAACCCAUACAAAUUAAUUUAUUCAUGCUGAUAUUGCUUUUGCUAAAAUCAAUUCUGAACUUAUUAUAUUCUUGCCAGUUAUUUCUAGGUCUGUAUAAAAAUCAACACUUUGUAAUCUACAAUAAAUGACAUGUUCAGUGUA